CUUGCCUCAGUUAACCUGAAGUCGACGGUAACGCACGCACGUAGUCUGUGGUUCACAUAGGUAGAUAAAUAUGGAUAUAGAAUUAUUUAUAUCAGAAAUACAAUCCCGUCCUGCUAUUUGGGAUUCAAAAAGUGAUAGUUAUAGUAAUAGAGGAGAAAAAGUGAAGGCCUGGGAAGAAAUCUGCGAAUUGUUUGUGGGAAAUUUUUCGAAUAAAACUGCCAAAGAAAAGAACAUUGUAGUAACUAAAUUACAGAGGAAGUGGAAGAGUCUUCGUGACAGUUUUAACAGAGAAAAUGCAAAAAACAAGAACGUUGCGAGUGGUUCGGCAGCAACAAGCAGUAAACAGUACAUUUAUUUCAAUCAUCUAUCUUUCUUGAAUUCCUUAAAAGAAGUGAGACCGCCUACCGAUGUUACUAAUGCAACUAAUGAUGCGGAAACACCUCGCCCGAAAAUGAACAGAAACAUUAAUAUAAAAAGGGCCGAAAAAUCAGAAAAUGAAAUUCUCAGAACACUUUCGGAAAAUUUAAAACGUAAACAUGAUCAAAUAAUCGACCAAAAUGACCCCGAUAAGCAAUUUCUGAUGUCGCUGCUUCCACAUCUAAAAAAAAUUGACGAAAAUUGUAAACUUGAUUUUCAAUUAGAAAUAUUACAGUUAAUUAGAAAGUACACGCAUAAUCAAAAUUAUGAAACCUGUUCGGCACAAUAUUAUGGUUAUUCUUCAGGAAAUGACAACAAACACUUGACACAAAACGCUUCUACAUCUAUCCCGUCUUCACCUAUAAUUCAGCUUUCUCCAACACAUUCAUAUUAUUCUGACCAGUCUAUGGACAACAGUUCUGUUAUCGAAGACAUGUUCAUUGUUCCGUGAUGAUGACGAGUGAUAUUAAAUUAUAAUAAACACACAAUAACUAAAUACAAAUA